CUGUGCACCUCGUACAACAGCCGUGACUCUUCGCAAGAUUCCGUCUCCUCCAACCACCGCAUCAAGGACACCGUCACCGGCCAUCAUUCCCGCAGUUGUUUCAAGAUGAAGAUUGAUACCAGCCUGACUAUGCCCCAGCUCCCAGAGGCAAUGUCCCAGGCUGGCCUACAGUUUACUGUGGCAACUGAGGAGGACUUUGAUGAGAUCAUGGCUAUGAGCCAGGAUAUCUAUGGAGGCCUUGACUACUUGCCUACUAGAUACACCAGUUGGCUACAGGAGACAAAUCGUACAGUCAUAUUGGCUCGCAAACAGGGAAAAGUGAUUGCUCUGGAGUCGGUUUGUGUGAUUGAUGAUGGGGAGACCAUGCUGGUGGAAGGUCUCCGUGUCGCCCCGCAGGAAAGGGGCAAGGGUGUGGCAGGAGUUCUGCUUCGUUUUUGCUCUGAAAUGGUCAAGUCCAAGUACCCAGAGGUCAAAGUGAGUCGUCUGACCCGUGAUGAUCAGCUUGGACCAAAGGACUUCCAGAAGUAUCGUAUCAUAACCAAGCAGGGUAUUCUGCUGGUGCGCUUCAGAGCAGAAGAUCUCAAUUUCCGUCUGACUGAGCUUGGUCUGGUUGGAAACACCUCCUCCUCUGAUUGUGCUCCAGUACUGCUUGACCAUACAACUAUCCACCGGCUGUAUCUGACUACUGACCUAAUGCAGGGGGUCCUUCCUAAUGCCACCAUCAUUCAAGAUUGGCAGCCAUUCAAGCUUUUACCCAGUAACAUGGUCAUCCUCCGGAAGAAGGACAUAGAUUGGAUGGUGGAUGAUGUGUCCAACCCUACCGUUGCAAGCCUGUGUACCUUCCCUUUCAGGGUGCCCAUUGGAGAUGACUGGUAUUACCUCAAUAUUGACAUGUUUGGUAAAGACCUGGACCUGGUACGGCAGCAGUUCUUGUGCCACCUGCAGAGCCACACCACCCCCAUGAAGGGUCAUGUGAUGUGCCAGAUGUUCCUUGACCCACUGCUCUGGAAGCCUAUGGCGGAAUUCUGCCACAAUACCUUAGGUGUGGAGCUGGUGAAGGAGUACACUGAGCAGUGCGUUGUGGAGUCAGACGUCAUUUAGUUACACAAGGUGUAUGAAAAGGUGUAGAAGAUUAAGAAACCAGCAAGGACAAGGGUCUAGACAGCAAUGGAUGGACACAACUUAAUCACAAUUAAAAGAAAACAAAAAUAUUUGCUUUUGCAAAACAAAACUUCUAACAAUGCAGUGAGACUUAAAAUAAUGUGCAAAUAUAGAGCAUGGGGAAAAAGAUCACAAACGCACCAUGUAAUCGGCCACAAUAGGUCUGUAACAAAUAAUUAAUUUGUUCCAGAGAUGUAUUGGUACAUCUAUUUUAUGAAAUAUUUUAAAGGCUGUGUAGUUUGAGGUUUAGUUAAAAUUAAGUGCACACAAUAUGAAGUGGAGGGAUUUUAUAGCACAACAUUUUUUUGUUAGAGGUCUUCAUGGGUCAAAAAUGUUGAUUUGAAAAAAAGGCCUAAUCUUAAAAAAGCCUUUAUGGAAAGUCAAACAUAUUUGAAUAGACCCAAGGGUGAUUUGGUCAGCUGGGUGCUUUUUAGCUGCAAAAUGAUUACAUACUACCGAUGUGACUGAAUGGCAAUGUACUCCAGCGCAGUACUACAAACUAUAGCCUAAAAAAUUAUGACAGACCUGUAUCAUCAUCUUAUUAGUUUGGCUUGAGUUUAAAGAAGAUCUAUUAUUCUCGUUUAUGGGGUUCAUAUUUUAAUUGGGGGCACUAAGGUUUACACGUUCUAAUGUUCAGAAAAUGCUUUAGAUUCUUUAUUCUAUUCAUUACUGCAGCAGCAGGAUAUUUAGCUGGAUUAAGCUCCUUUCCACCCUUGCUAGAAAGCCCAGUCUGCUAUGAUUUAAUUAUACAGGUUUAGUUAAAUAAUACUUAAAUAUGUGAAAAAUCUGUUCCACAGCCCAUUUCUCUUUAGCCAACUGUGUACACCCGGAGACAUACAGGGAUAGUUCAACCAAAAAUGAAAAUGCACUCGUUAUCUACUCACCACUUUGCCAAUGGAGGGUGGGGUGAAGUGUUUGAGUCCACAAAGCACUUUUUAAACAAAAGCAAAGAAACAUAAAACACAUCCAUACUGCUCCUAUAGUGUCAUCCAAGAGUCCACAAGCCCCUCAUUCAAAUUUGACUAAAACGGUGUAAUUUUCAUCAUGUUUUUUAAUCUUAAUGUCCGCUGUUAUCAACGCGCUAACGCGGCUCCAUAGAAGAGUAUCAAAGGACAUAUAGCCAAAAAACAUGGUGUAAAUGAUGACAUUGUGAAUUCAAUUUGUAACUUGGAGCAGUAAGGAGCCAUUUUCUGUAUUUUUUUCUAUAUUUUUUCCACGAUUGAAGAAUCAGUCACCAUUUACUUCAAUUGUAUUGGAUUUGGCUGCAACGCUGUUUACCCAUGACAUUCCAAAAUUGUUUUGUGGACUCAAGCCCUUCACCCACCCCUCCAUUGGCCUAGUGUUUUUCAUUUUGGGGUGACCUACCCCUUUAAGGUUGGUUGUACUCUGCGUGAUGUAUUUAUAUUUUGACAGCGCCUGAGGGCAGCACUAAAGAUAUAACUUAACUGCUGCUCUCCUGCUCCCUCCUCCUCCCCUCGGCCCAUCUUAAUGACCCAGUAUUAGAAAAUUGCAGAUGAGGUGUUUCAGAGGCCUCCAGAACGGUGUUUACUGUGGGAGAAGAGCUCCCUCUUCUCUUGCGAUUUUGAGCAAUGAACACAAAAAACAUAUACAACCCACUAGAGGACUGGGAAAGACUGAAAACGCAUAAUAUAUCUCCUUUAAGUUUUACUUAAGUCAUUGCUCUUGUUUUUGAUAAUAUGUAUGAUUUGGAAACAUGGAAAGGUAAAAUAAGAGUCACGUGAAAAUCAUAUUCUGUGAGGAAAAAUUUGAAGUUCCCUUCGGUCAUCUCAAAUCUCUUGGUUCUUUCUGUAAAUAUAAAACUUUUAAAUAUGUACAGAAGCUGAGUUACUGGGUUACUAAAUCUGCACACCUUUGGGGGUACUUGAUUAGAAUAACACAGAAAGGUUUUGUCUAAGAUAGGAUGAAAAAGAAUAGUUCAGAAUCCAAAAGGGGUAAUUUAUAGAUCCCAUCUCUCAAUGCUGAUGGGAUACUGUUACCUAGCAUUACUUUAGCAACAUCAACAACAAAAAAGCCUGACAGUAAAAUUAAUAAUUCAAAUGGCUUGAAGCUGACCCUUUUUAACAGUCACAGCUAUGCAUUAGCUUUUAUUGCAUUCCUGCAAUAAGAUAUUAACAGAAAUUAUUGAUAAUGCAGUGUUAUCUCAGUUUACCUUUGUCAAUUGGUAGCAUACUGUCAAACAGAAUGUUACUGUGCAGUUAAAUAAUCAGUUACUGCAGAGAACUGUAGUGGAAAUAACUGUUUUAGAAUCAACAGGAAUAUUAUGUUAUAUAGACUAUAUCAAAUCCCUAAUAAUAGCUGGCAAUUCAUUAUGAGUAAUAAUGAGCCUUCUGUAUCUCAGCUCAGACACAGCUAUGUUAGAGCAAACAAAUCUUAUUUUUUUGUCUAGAUAGGAACAGAAUAUUCUGACUAGAACUAGAAUGUCCAUUAAGAUCAGGACACUUAAAACUGUAAUGUAGAGAUAUAGUCAGUAGUAAGUUGAACAUAAUUGACUGCAUUAUUUAAAAAAAAUACACCUCAAAUAAUAAAGCAUUUGAAAUAUUGCGCCUUGUUCUAAAAAAGGGGUGCAGACACAAAAUAAUUAACAGCAAUGUAAUUUUUUCUUUUGAAGCAUCUCAAAACAUUGAGAAAUCAAAUAUAAAUAUGAAACAUGCAAAUAAAAGUGCAUUUUGUAUAUUCAGCACUUUGCUGCCAUUAUCAAUCCCAUUACUGUGGCAGAUGCAAGUGAGCUAAAGAGCACGUCAAUGGACAUGAUGAACAAAAAGCAAAACCCAAGCUAAACCCAUCCUUCAUGUUUUCUACUACAUUAGCUUGCUGAAUGAGAAGAAGCUGUAGGUUUCUUCAAUUUUAGAGUAGUUAGUUAUAGCAAUCUAAGUGCAUGGUCCAAGUGGGUUUAGUGGGUGACCAAACUCACUUUUGUUAGUUUAAUGACAGCAAAAAGUGUCGGCGCUAGGAGUAGGGUUCAAAGGGGUUGUUCUCAACCUGUUAAUGAUAGAAUGGUGUGUUUGGAUGAAACAUGCAAUAAACCAGAGUGCCAUCUCCCAUUCCCUUUAAAAACCAGGUAAGCUUGCAUUUUGGUGGAUUGCUAUUAUAAUGGUGGAUUUGCAAGGGAGUAAAAGAGAACACAUCUCUGCAGAGAAUACAGACACAGACAAACAAAUCUGUUGUGCGCAAAGUGAAGGCUUGUGAGCAUAGUGUGUAAUUAUAAUCUAAUAACAUAUUUUUAAAUCCAGUUUGGGGUGAUAGUUAUUAGUUAUUUUUAAUAAUCUGAUUAAAUAAUCACAAUUACAUGUAAUGCUAUUCUACCCAUCUUUUAUUGUUCAGCCACCACGAGCCUCCAAAUCAGCCCCAGGGCUUCUUCUCAUAGAUUCUCCAAUUUUAUGGUCUGUGGUAGAGUGAUGAACAACAUAGAAUCAAAAUUAUGAACUAAUUAUUUUGGUGGGAAGCACUGUCCAAGUUAAUGCUAAAAAAUCGCUCAGUUCAAUACCUUACUAACUUGUAGAUGGAUCGUUAUUGAAUUAAAUACAGACCUCCUUGAUACCCAGACAAUGAACCCUUGUGACUCAUAACCCCCCAAUAAUUUACAUUUAGCAGGCACAAUUAAGUUACCAUCAGAAUAUAUUUUAAUACCAUCGGUUCUCCUCUGACUUCAGGUAACACCGUCAUCAGGUCACUUGUUCAGUUUUUAUAACACUUUGGUACAUGCCCAAAGGCCAGCUUACAUUUGUAAGUGCUGAUUAUCAAAUGUUAUCAUUUGAUCACAGAAAAAUAAGAUUACAAACAUUUUAAACAUUAAACCUGGUCAACAUCGUUACGAGACAGCAAAACAAUACAAGCUUGUCAUUGUGUGCAUGAUGGCACCCUUAGCAGUGUACAGCAUGACAAUCUAAUAGCACUGCUGUGAUCCAUAUAAGAAAACAUGAACUUAGAAAUUGACUUUCUAUGGCCUCUGCCAAUCUAUGAACCAUUAUUUUCAUAUACCAGGAUACCAACCUACGU